UGAAGGAAAGUAUUCGCGGAAACAAAUUUAAGAAAUAAGGAUAGAUUAAUUGCCUCCAAAUGGGUGCCAAUGAAUCAUUGGAGGAAAUUGUUGCUAUGGAAAAUUACCAGUGGUAUGCAAAAUUCAUGAAAGAAUGUCCAUCUGGACAACUCACCAUGUAUGAAUGCAAGAAGAUCCUUGGCCUUGAAAAUGCAACUACGCAGGCAAAUAAUUAUGUUGAGAAAGUAUUCAAUAUUUUUGAUACAAAUAAGGAUGGAUUUAUUGAUUAUUUGGAGCUUUUAGCUGCUAUAAAUCUGGUGAUACGAGGGAAAAUUGACCAAAAAUUGAAAUGGUAUUUUAAGCUUUAUGAUAUUGACGGGAGUGGAACAAUUGAUAAAAAAGAAGUAAUAAGCAUGUUAAUGGCUAUUCAAACCCUCAGUAACAACCAAGAGAUGAGUCCUGAAGAAUUGACAAACCUGAUUUUUCAGAAGAUAGAUGUAAACAAUGAUGGGGAACUGACCUUAGAAGAACUCAUGAAUGGAGUGGAAAAGGAUGAACAUUUCCGGGAAAUUAUUUCAAAGAGCUUUGAGCUCUCCAGUGUACUGAAAAUUUUACAAAGUGAGAGAAGACACAGCGUCUGACACAUAUUAUAAAUGGCACUUGUGACAAAAAGAACAAUUCAAGGAAUAGAAUAUCAAAUACCAAGACUGACUGUUACAUUUCCCAUCUACUAUUCAAAGCAUAAGACGGUCUAGACAGAUGAUUACUUCAGAAGCAUUCUUCAUUUAUUGUCCCUUCCUUUUCUUUCUCACAACGUACAAUAGCUUUGUCUACAUAUAUAACAAAAAUCUUUUUAGUGCAGAAUGAAAUAAACACAGCACAUAACACUUGGUAUUGGGACAAUAUAUCCAAAUAAGUAGAUCAAUACAAUUGGAAUUGGGAAGAUAUCUCUCUAGAAGAUAGAGAAUAGAUAAAUUACUUAAAUAUUAUUCAUUUAACUUGAAAUUUGGAACAUGGUGAUAAAGUAUUAUAUAGGACUGGCCUAUUUAGAUCAGUUUAGGGUGAAAUAUGUUUUUGCAGUAACUUAAUAUCUAUACCGAUCCAUUUAAAAAUAGGAGUAAUUCUUCUAAUUAACACCUCAGUUAGUUUAACCGGCUAAAUAGAAAUAACUAUUUGGAAAAGCAGUUAGUUACUUUGAUGUUAUGGGAAUUAUUUCAAAAGUAAAUUAACAUGUUGUAAUGGUUUAGUUUUUAAAGGGUUUUUUAAGGGUUACAGUUAAAAAAAAUAAAUCGCUUUUUAAAAAAAAAACUUUAAUUCAUCAUGAAAUCAGACAAAUUUGAUGAAAUAAUUAAGAAGAUGCAUUUCAAAACUUUGUCUUCAGCUAUCAAAGAUUUAUUCAAAUAUAUUACAUGAAACAUAUAGCAACAAAAGAAUUUAAAAUUACCACUUCUGAAAUUCUAGAGCAAAGGCCAAUGUUCUUUCCUGCUUGCGUAUCUUUUUCUUUUUCUUGCUUUUGAAGAAGCAUCAUUUUCAGCCAUUCCAAAAUUACAUAUUUGCACAUCAAGUAAAACUUUCCUUUUUCUGGCUAUUGGCUUAUGGCAACAUCCUUUACAGUAAUGGUGCAGGAAUACAUACAGCCAUGCAUGCACUCUUAUCACUCUUAAAGUUUUCUGAAUAUGAAAAAAAGACGAAAUCUUCAGACACUAGAACAAUUUGUAAUUCCUAUGUUCAGAUUUGCCACCUAAGUAAUUCCCCUAACUUUAUAAACUAAUCAUGCUAAAAAUUCUCUCCUUUUCCCUCUCAGCCGAGGAAGAGGGAAAAAACUGGGCACAAUUCUUUAUUCCGUCUGACAUAUUAUUGAUAGUUUCCCAAAUCCGGAAAUGAGAAAGUCCAAAAUAAAUGUUCAUCGCACUAAGCUAUUGAAAGUAGCUUAACGAUACCCAAAAGGCUUGUUUCUCUCUCUCUCCUAAAACAUAAAUAUUUUUCGUUCCUACCCAGAAAUUUAAAUUUCUGUUCUUGAACUAGGCUAUGGUUACUAGCCCUCAACCUCCUUAGCACAUGUUUAUUUAUAUGAAUGCUACAUUUUAAAAAUCUCUUGGUUUUUUUGCUAUCACAGGAAGCUUUAAAAAUUAUAUCAUUUGGAUUUUUUUUCUGCAUUCAUUACAAAUACACUCUGUACAUUUUAUUAAAGUGAACCUCUUUUUGAAAUCUCAUUUCCCUGAACUUUCUCAUAAUUAUUCUUUG